CCUUGCCACUUGCAUAAUCUACUAGCAGAGGUUAUGCAGCUCCUGAACAUGAUCAUGGCAGAAUCCUGGGGCCUCAUCAUCAUCUGCCUUUUUGGAUAUCUACUCAAUGCUGAAUGUACAGUUUUUCUUGAUCGUGAAAAUGCCACCAAACUUCUGAAUCGGCCAAAGAGGUAUAAUUCAGGGAAACUGGAAGAGUUUGUUCGAGGAAACCUUGAAAGAGAAUGUCUGGAAGAACGAUGUAAUUUUGAAGAAGCACGAGAAGUUUUUGAAAACACUGAAAAAACGACUGAAUUUUGGAAGCAGUAUGUUGAUGGAGAUCAGUGUGAGUCCAAUCCAUGUUUAAAUGGUGGCAGUUGUAAGGAUGACAUUAAUGCCUAUGAAUGCUGGUGUCGACUUGGAUUUGAAGGGCAGAAUUGUGAAUUAGAUGCAACCUGCAGCAUUAAGAAUGGCAGGUGCAAGCAGUUUUGUAAAAGGGAUGCUAAGAACAAGGUGAUUUGUUCCUGUACUGAGGGAUACCGACUUGCAGAAGACCAAAAGUCCUGUGAACCAGCAGUGCCGUUUCCAUGUGGAAGAGUUUCUGUUCCAUACAAGUCUAAGAAGCUCACCCGUGCUGAAACUAUUUUUCCUUACAUGAACUAUGAAAAUUUUACUAACACUGAAACCAUUUGGGAUAACAUCACUGAGGCUGAAACUAUUUGGGAUAAUGACACUGAAAGCACCGGGAUAUUUGAUGACUUCACUCGGGUUGUUGGUGGAGAAAACGCCAAACCAGGUCAAUUCCCUUGGCAGGUCCUUUUGAAAAGUGACACUGAAGCAUUCUGUGGAGGUUCCAUUGUUAAUGAAAAAUGGAUCGUAACUGCUGCCCACUGUAUUCACCCUGGUGUUAAAAUUGAGGUUGUCGCAGGUGAAUAUAACAUUGAAAAGAAGGAAGAUACAGAGCAAAAGCGAAAUGUGAUUCAAAUUAUUCCUCACCAUAGCUAUAAUGCAAGCUUUAAUAAAUACAGCCACGACAUUGCCCUUCUUGAGCUGGAUAAACCCUUAACACUGAACAGCUAUGUAACACCUAUUUGCAUUGCCAACAGGGAAUACACAAACAUCUUCCUAAAAUUUGGAUCUGGUUAUGUGAGUGGUUGGGGAAGAGUAUUCAAUAGAGGGAGAUCGGCUACAAUUCUUCAGUACCUUAGAGUUCCACUUGUUGACCGAGCCACAUGCCUUCGGUCCACGAAAUUCACCAUCUAUAAUAACAUGUUCUGUGCUGGCUACCAUGAUGGAGGUAAAGAUUCAUGUCAAGGAGACAGUGGGGGUCCCCAUGUUACUGAAGUGGAAGGGACCAGUUUUCUAACUGGAAUUAUUAGUUGGGGUGAGGAGUGUGCAAUGAAAGGCAAAUACGGAAUAUAUACCAAGGUAUCUCGGUAUGUCAACUGGAUUAAGGAAAAAACAAAGCUUACUUAAAUGAAAGAUGCAUUUCCAAUGUUGAUUCACUGGGAUUGAAAAUUAAUUAGGCCCUUUACUAAUUAAUCACUUUUCCAUCUCUUGUCAGAAUAUACAUAAUGAAUAAAUAUUGAUUUUUCUCUUUACAUGGGACAAUUUCAUCUAGAAUUUAUCUUUUACUAGAGUAAGAUGAUUAAAGAAUGUAAUCACUAGGGGCAUAUAACGUGGUUAAAAAAAAUUCAUGACCAUUGUAUGUGCCCCGACCUUGACAAAAUUGUGACGUUAAGUUCUCCACCCUGUUCAUCAGGUAGUAUGGCCUCUCCACCAUGGUCACUCACCUGAUUCUCCCUCUUUAGCAGCAUUCUGUGUUCUGAAUCUUUCUUGUCUCUCUCACCAAAACAUCAGCAUUCAUUAGGUCUGUGUCCAGGAUAUUUGGUCCAGGGUGACACAAGGCCAGCACUGUACUAUGCUUAUAAUGGAAGAACACAGGAGCACUCGAUGGGCUAAAGCUCAGCAGUAGCACUAUUCUUUUUCCUCUACUCUUAUUCCCCAAUCCUUUAUCUUUUCCAACUACCAACCCCAAGUCAGUUCCUCUUUCUCACUCCCUCUCUCCCUUUCCUGCUCCACAGUAAUUAAAGGAGGGAAGAGGCGCUUUAUCCUGUUUCACUGCUCUACACAGGUAUACAUGUCCAUCGAACUCAGGCUGGAUUUCACUUCGGUCUCAGACUUACUUUUUAGAUCUUAGAGGAUGAAAUAAGGUGCUUGAACAACAUAAGGAGGGGCAAGUUCCUUUCAGAGUUAUUAUAUUUAUCUACAAAAUGUAUAUAUGUCAAUUAGCUAUCAGAAUAGUUCCCAAAGGGCUUGUACCUCAGUUAUUAUGAAGGCCUGACUAUGGACGAUUCCAUGAAGCCAAAGCUGGGAAAGCUAGCAUCAACCAAUGUACACUGUCCCCUGUCUGAUUAAACAAUGCUAACCGAAAGAACAGUUUCAACCUGGAACUAGCAAAGUCUUCAAGGAAAAAAAUGCAACAGUAUGUCUCUAGCAUGGUGCAGGGCCACGCAAGAAGCUGCCAAGAUCAGAGACCAGGAGCAUUGCAUCACUUGGCCAGGUAUACCCCUCCUGAGGAGAAUGGUGGAGUCAGUCAACGACUUCCAGUGUGCUGACUUCACACUCACCAGGGAACUUUUUGAUUAUGACCAGUCUUAUAUGGAAUUGUCUAGAAUGUUGCUGACCAACCAAGGUGUCUUUCCAUUUGCACAUUUAAAAACUGGUAUUCUAGCUUGUACUGAGGCUUUUUGUGAAUUUAGUUGAUGUCAGUCAGUCACCUCAUAUUUGAUGAUGCCUAGGUCUACUGACAUAAUCAUGUUUUGAAUCACUUUCCCCCAUCACACCUCCAGGUAGACCUUACUCAUUGAUUAAAGUUUUCUUGGGUCACACUUCUUUGCUUUAGUCUUGCAAACCUAAAUAUCAAUAAACACAUUGUAAAAUUUC